AUGCUGAGCAACGGAACGGCACGUCCUUCUGAGAGCACCUGGGCAUCUCCUUUACAUAUGGCUCCCAAAAAAGGCAAUGGGUGGCGCCCCUGCGGAGACUACAGGCUACUCAACGCACGCACCAUACCAGAUAAGUACCCAAUCAGACACAUUCAUGAUUUUUCGCACAACAUAUCAGGAUGCACCGUAUUCUCGACUAUCGACCUUGUCAAAGCGUACAACCAGAUCCCAGUCUUUGAGGAGGACAUCCAGAAAACGGCAAUCACCACACCGUUUGGUUUGUACGAGUUCCCAUGCAUGACCUUCGGACUCCGGAACUCCGCACAAACGUUCCAAAGGUUUGUAGAUGAAAUUACUAGAGGACUGGAUUUCUGUUACUGUUACUUAGAUGACUUCUUAGUAUUUUCUGGAAGUGCUACUGAGCACGAACAUCACCUCAAUAUUCUCUUUGGCCGAAUGAAGCAGUACGGAGUACUGGUGAACUCCUCUAAGUGUGUAUUUGGUUCAUCACAGGUACAGUUUCUGGGGUACCACAUUUCAGCUGCAGGUACUAAGCCACUUGAGUCAAAAGUUCAAGCCAUUAAAGAAUUCCCUAAGCCCCGAACAGUCAAAGCGCUCAGACGUUAUUUGGGCAUGCUUAAUUUCUAUAGGCGGUUCUUACCAGAAGCCGCAAAAAUUCAAGCACCCUUAAACGCCUUAUUAACUGGUUCGGUGAAGGCUUCACAAGCUAUAGACCUGACAGGCGACGCUCUAACAGCUUUUGAGCAGUCCAAGGACAGUCUUUGCAAUGCUGCCCUAUUAGCACAUCCCGAUUGCCAAGCCAAAUUAGCUCUGGUAACGGAUGCAUCAGACUUAGCAUUGGGUGCUGUACUGCAACAGUACAAAAAUGAUGCCUGGCAGCCAUUAGCAUUUUUUUCGCGAAAGCUUAGCCCAGCACAACAAAAGUACUCACCCUACGACCGUGAGUUGCUGGCUAUAUAUGAAGGCAUUAAGUAUUUUCGCCACAUGCUCGAGGCACGCCACUUCACAGUCUAUACUGACCAUAGGCCUUUAUGUUAUGCAUUCCAUGUAAGGAAAAGUAACUGUUCGCCGCGUCAGUAUAGACAUCUAGAUUUUGUGUCUCAAUUUACAAGCGACAUUCAGCACAUAUCCGGCAAGGAUAAUAUCGUUGCUGAUACUCUGUCGCGCGUGGAUGAAAUACAGCAGCCGGUAGAUUUUAAAGAGCUCGCAAAAACGCAGUCCACAGAUUCUGAGCUAUCACAGCUUCUAGGCGAUGAAUCAUCACUUCGCAUUAUUAAAGUUAAAGAGCCCGACAGCAAAGUCGAAAUUUUUUGCGACAUAAGUCUAGGCAUACCAAGACCUUUCGUUCCCAAAAGUUUUCGAAAAGCUAUUUUUGACAGUCUACAUUCUUUAAGUCACCCUGGUGCAAACGCUACUGCUAAGCUGGUAGCACAGCGAUUCGUUUGGCCAGGAGUCAGAAAAGACUGCCGAGAAUGGUCUCGUACGUGCUUAGCCUGCCAGCGCUCUAAGGUAAACCGCCAUGUGUCAGCACCUUUAGGCACAUACGAUUUACCACGAGCCAGGUUUUCCUAUGUGCAUAUCGAUCUUAUUGGUCCACUCCCAUACUCGAAUAAUUUCCGCUACUGCUUAACAGCAGUUGACCGUUUCACGAGAUGGGCAGAAGUUAUGCCCAUAGCGGAUAUUACAGCCGAAACUGUAGCGAAGGCACUCCUAUCAGGUUGGAUCGCCAGAUUUGGUUGUCCAACUGACAUAGUGACGGACCGUGGACGGCAGUUCGAAUCCCAUUUAUUUAAUUAUCUAUCGAAAAUAAUCGGAUUCAAACACCGCAGAACCACAGCUUACCAUCCCGCUUCUAAUGGCCUAGUGGAAAGAUUCCACCGACAGCUGAAGACAGCUAUUAUAUGUCACGCUGAUAGCAACUGA